AUGGUUUCACUACCGACAGAAGAUGAAAAAUAUGGUUUACAAGGUUUAACUUCUUUAGUAAGAAUGGAACAAAAUGAUUUCACAAAUUUUGCAAUAGGUCAGGAUAUUUCAAAAAUCGGUUUAGAUUUAUCUAAAGAUUCAGAAAUAUUAAAAAAUUUAUCAUCACCAUGGCAAGAAACAAGCAGAUCAGAAGUAGAACCAUACUUUAAACUACCAAAAGAAUUACGAAAAGAAAAUAUAAUACCACCUCCAGAAUCCUGUGACUUAAAAAUACAAUCUUUUACUGAUGAAACUUUAUUUUAUAUAUUUUAUAUGAAACCAAGAGAUACUUUACAAGAAUAUGCCGCAAGAGAAUUAGUUGCUAGAAAUUGGAGAUAUCAUAAAGAUAUACAAGUUUGGUUAACUAAGGACUCAAAUGUUGAACCGGUACUAAUUGGUCAAGAUGUUGAAAAGGGGGUAUAUAUAUUUUUUGAUCCACAUAAUUGGGAAAAGAUAAAGAAGGAGUUUGUGUUGCAUUAUUCCAGUGUUCAAGCGUAA